AUGACAGCUUAUUGGAAAGCCCGCAAGUUCGAAAUCAUCGCUUGGGUUAUCGUAGGUGUCCUCCUGAUCGUUUCCCUCGCCUGGUGCUGCUGCUCCAAGCCCAGGACCCGUGCGCGAUCAGCGACCCCAUUUGUGCAGCCCCAUCGAUACCCUGGUGAUCACGAUGCCGAGCUUGCUCCUCUUCCACGCGCUUUCGUUCCCGUGCCUCUGUAUGAGGGUUACGAGCGUGACGUUCGGGUGCCAAAUAAUGCGGAGUUGGAGAAGCGUGCGGACGGGUACUUUUACCCCAAGCGACCAGAGGAAGUAAGGAUGACAAGCUGUCCCAAUACGUAG